AUGGCAUCACUGCAACCAAGUGACGACUACCGACCAAGUGACGAAGACUACAACCAACCUAGCGCAGAGCGGCGCGUCGUCCUUCAGCGCUUACAAGACUUCUUGGGAGAUGUCCCCGUUCACUUUUGGGCGCUUGCGCACGUGUGUGAUGUGAAAACACUCGAAGAGUUUGCAGAGAAGGCCGAAGCUGACCCGGUCCCCUAUCGCAUAUCUAUAUAUCAGACACCCGCAAUGAUUGCAGCCUGGACUCAAUCAUUGAAGGGCUGCUCACGCACGAGCUCACGCACGAGCUCACGCAUGAGCUCGGCCCAACCAUCCCCACAGUUCAGAGCACAACCACCAGCAUCAUCUCCACUAGCAGAUCCCGAUCCAUCGCCUUCAAAAAAACGCAAGAUUGACAACUUUAGUGGAUCUUCGGUCCAAACAUCCCCAGGGUUCAGAGCACAACUACCACCAUCAUCUCCACUAGAAGAUCCCCAUCCAUCGCCUGCAAAAAGACGCUGGUUUGAAAACGUCAGUCUCAAUCGAUCUGAUUCAGAAAAAGAGAAGGCCGCUGCACGAGACCAAAACAGAUGUGUUCUUACAGGCAUGGGAGUGACUGACGUCGCUCACAUUUAUCCCUUUUGCCUUAUGAAACGCGAAGAUGAUACCUUCGGCAAACGACACCUCUUUUGGGCUAUGCUAGAAUUGUUUUGGCCAAAGGAAAAGGUUAAAGCUUGGGAAAAAGAAAUUUUUCCAAAUGGCACACACGAAAAUGGUGUUGAAUCAGCGACAAACCUGAUCACUCUUUCGAAAGAUACACACAGCGCGUGGAACAAAGGAAAUUUCGCCCUUAAGCCCCUCUCCGUGUCCGGCAAUAAGACUUGCCUAAAAGUCCAAUUCUUUUGGCAAACAAAAUGCAAACAGACUUGGCCACUGAUGAGUCUUCUUACCACACCUGCCUCUACUAAAGAUCUCUGUCGUGGUGACGACAACGUCCAAUUGCCUAAAAUAACUGGCGAGAGAAAGUUGGACGCCAUCGAAACUGGUGACAUCUUCGAGAUCAAGACUGAUGAUCCACAAGCACGACCAUUACCAAGCUUCGCACUACUUGAGAUGCAGUGGCAUCUUCAGCGGAUUGCUGGUAUGGCGGGUGCGGCUGAUGUGGACGAGGAUCUGAAAGAAUGGGAUGAUGACGAUAUCAGCAAUCUUGGACUUGACGAAAGAUAG